AUGAGUGGGUGCCCAUUUUUGGGAAACACUGUGGGAUAUUCUUUGAAAAAAUUAUCUGUAGAAGACAGUGAAGAAGACAAUGAUGCUCAAACUGGUGUCAACAGAGCCAGCAAAGGAGGACUUAUCUAUGGGAACUACUUACAGUUGGAAAAAAUUUUGAACGCACAAGAACUUCAAAGUGAGAUAAAAGGGAAUAAAAUCCAUGAUGAACACCUUUUUAUUAUAACUCAUCAAGCUUAUGAACUCUGGUUUAAACAAAUCCUCUGGGAACUAGAUUCUGUUCGUGAGAUUUUUCAAAAUGGCCAUGUCAGGGAUGAGAGGAAUAUGCUGAAGGUGAUGACUCGGAUGCACCGUGUGGUGGUCAUCUUCAAGCUCCUGGUGCAGCAGUUCUCUGUGCUGGAAACAAUGACUGCCUUGGACUUCAAUGACUUCAGAGAGUACCUAUCUCCAGCCUCAGGCUUCCAGAGUUUACAGUUCCGGCUGCUAGAAAAUAAGAUAGGUGUUCUUCAGAGCCUGAGAGUCCCUUACAACAGGAGACACUAUCGCGAUAACUUCAGAGAUGAGGACAACGAGAUGCUGCUGAGAUCAGAGCACGAGCAGACCCUGCUGCAACUGGUGGAGGCAUGGCUGGAAAGAACACCUGGUUUAGAGCCACAUGGAUUUAACUUCUGGGGGAAGUUUGAAGAAAAUAUCCUGAAAGGACUGGAAGAGGAAUUUCUAAGGAUACAGGCUAAGAAAGAGUCUGAAGAGAAAGAAGAACAGAUGGCUGAGUACCGGAAGCAGAAAGAGGUGCUACUAUGCUUGUUUGAUGAGAAGCACCAUGAACAUCUCCUAAGUAAAGGUGAACGACGAUUGUCAUACCGUGCACUCCAGGGAGCACUGAUGAUAUAUUUUUACAGGGAGGAGCCUCGAUUCCAGGUACCUUUCCAGUUGCUGACCUCGCUUAUGGAUAUAGACACACUCAUGACCAAAUGGAGAUAUAACCAUGUGUGCAUGGUGCACAGGAUGUUGGGCACCAAGGCUGGCACCGGGGGAUCCUCAGGCUAUCACUACCUACGCUCAACUGUGAGUGACAGGUACAAGGUGUUUGUGGAUUUAUUUAACCUCUCAACAUACCUGGUUCCCCGACACUGGAUACCAAAGAUGAAUCCAAUCAUUCACAAAUUCCUUUACACAGCUGAGUACUGCGACAGCUCUUACUUCAGCAGUGAUGAAUCAGAUUAAAUUAUUCUGAACAUCUGGGAAAACUACA